AUGGAUUCAAGCAAUAAUUCAGUCGUUACUGAAUUCAUUCUGCUGGGCCUGUCUAAUUCUUGGGAACUCCAACUCUUCCUCUUCUUUGUUUUUUCUGUGCUUUAUGGAGCUGCAGUACUAGGAAACCUCCUCAUUAUUCUCACCGUAAUCACAGACUCGUGCUUACAUACCCCCAUGUACUUCCUCCUUAGUAAUCUCUCCUUCAUUGAUAUGUGUCAGGCUACAUUUGCCACCCCUAAGAUGAUCGCAGACUUCCUCAGUAAACACAAAAGCAUCACCUUCCAGGGAUGCAUGUCACAGAUCUUUUUCUUGCAUGUCUUUGGAGGUAGUGAGAUGGUGCUUCUUGUUGCUAUGGCCUAUGACAGAUAUAUUGCAAUCUGCAAGCCUCUGCACUACAUGACCAUCAUGAGCCGAAAGGUGUGCACUGUUCUGGUGGGGGUCUCCUGGGCCAUAGGCAUCCUGCACUCUGCCAGUCACCUGGCGUUCACAGUCAAUCUUCCUUUUUGUGGCCCUAACAAGGUAGACAAUUUCUUUUGUGACCUCCCCCUCGUGAUCAAGCUUGCCUGCUUAGACACAUACAUUUUAGAGAUCCUGGUCCUCACCAACAGUGGCCUGCUCUCACUUAUCUGCUUCCUCCUUUUGCUUGUCUCCUACACUGUCAUCCUUGCUACAGUCCAUCGCCAAGCCUCUGGAGGGACCUCCAAGGCCCUUUCCACAUUGUCCGCCCAUGUAACUGUUGUAGUUCUGUUUUUCGGUCCAUUAAUAUUCAUAUACAUUUGGCCCUUUGAAAGCUUCCCAAUUGAUAAAUUUAUCUCUGUGUUCUUUACUGUCUUCACUCCUCUUCUCAACCCCAUGAUUUACACACUGAGGAAUAAAGACGUGAAGGAAGCUGUGAAGAAGCUUAGGAACCGACAUAUAGGUUCCAAGCAUGAUUUUUAA